AUGCCACGUUCAUCGGCUACGGCUAGGAAGAGUCACAGCAAUCGGCACGAGAACGGCGUCAUUGGUUCAGGAAGGAAGGUGAACAAACAGAAAUCCAAUGGGCAUCUAAAUGGUAUCUCUACCGGCGCUGCGGCAACCAAUUCUGGCCCGUCUUCUCAAGUCGACUGGCCUUCGUCUCGCUCCUCCAGCGACGCAGCCAUCGCCUCCCCGGUAGUGGCGACAACCAAAGCUAACGGAACAACGGACUGCUCGAAGACGGAUGGUAACGGACGUGGUCAGCUGAAUGGAUACGCUAAGGGCAACGCGGACAUGUCGUAUGGACAAACAAAUGGUGCGAUGCCGCAAAAUGGCGGACUGGCAGGGCAGGGGUCGCGUCGCACGGACAAGUCGGUGUCUGGUUCCAAGAGGUCGAACUCGACUGCCUCUGUCAAUCCCCUUCAACUGGCGUCGACUAUCCUCAAGUCGUGUCCGAUGUAUGACACGAUCGCUAUUCUGAUUUUCCUCCUCCAGCUGCCGCCCAUGGUGCUGACCCUGGUCCAAUUCUUGUUCGCUUCCUUGACCUUCAUGCCCCCCAGUGGUGCAUCUUCAGGUUCCUUGACAUCCAACUUCGAUAUCUUCCAGGGCCCGGCCGGUACGCCAUCGCUCGGGACAAUGAUCGCGAUGGACGGGUUCUUCUUGUUGUUUUGGGGGCUCUUUAUGUGGACCUGGGCGCAAAAUUUUGCUCUCGACUUAGCUCAUGUUCAGGUGGCCAUCACCUUGGGCGGAGGAGGAUCCGGCAAGAAUGGAGGAGUAAAUGCUCUGUGUGUUGGCAUUGUUCUGAUUUUGCAUCUUAUUCGCAGUAAAGGUAUACAGGAUUUUGUGCUGGGCCAUCUGCUCUCCGCCAAAAUCAUCAGUCCGGACCUACUAUCGCAAUAUUCCCAUCUUAUGCCCUCGGAGUUUCGGCGUUCCGAACCGCAGUCCUCUCCGAGCUGGAUCCGGAGUUUACUUGCAGUUCAUAUCUUAGCGCAGGCAGGCACGGCGAUGGCAAGACGUUCAAUGGCCAAGAAUAGGUCCCCCGCUCCUUCUCGAACCGGCAAACGGGUAGAUACCGAAGCGUCUGCUGGUUCGCAGACCAUCGAUUCUGCGUUUGAAUCGGGGACCAGCAUGUCUUCCUAUAUCGGCGCCGAUGGGCAGCUUGUUACACCGGCAACACACAAGGACGGAAAGGACCGAUUGGUUUCAGCAAAGAAACGCAGGCGGCAGGCAAACCAGGUUCGGAGCCGUCAGCCAUUUUGGGCUGCACUCGCGAGUACAAAAGUAACAGUUAUGAGGGAAUACGAACACUCCAGGGCAAUGUCGAAAACUGCACGUGGUCUUACAAUGACCGAGCACGAUCUCCAGGGCGUUUCUCUGGACGAUGGGCUUGUUUGGAUUACCGAAGUGGACACCUCUACGAUCAAGUUCGCAGCGGGCGACUUUGCGACUCUCGAUGAUGCGAGCGCUUCGGGGGUCUGUGAAGCCGGACAGUAUGGAGGCGAGGACAUGGAACCCUUUUACGUUUGUGUCAAUGGCGCUCUUUGGGCCACUGCCACGAUAUGUAAGGUUCAGGAUGCGCCAAAAGGGUCGAGCACGGUACGUUGGCGCGGCGAGGUCUCUGGUCUCGCCCCCAAUUGUGCUUACACCUGUUCCUUUGUGCGAAGCGAUACCGACGAGGAGAUUUGUGCCAUGAGUGUCAAGACCCCGGUUGCCAAUGAUGCAGAACAAGCAGUCUCCACGGUUUCGACCCCGCCACAACCACUGUAUCGACCGUCGUCGCCAACCACCACGUUGAAGAAUUCCAUUGUCAAUGCCGAAGCCAAAUUAAACGAGAAGCGGACUCGGUUGAGGAAGGCCAAGAAUGAUCAUAAAUUGGUCAUUUCCAAGAUCAAGAAAGAGCUGGAAAAUUUCAACCAUCGACUUCACAGCGGAACGGACGAAAAUAGACAGAAGCAGCGCUCGCUGCAGCUGGAACGGAACAUCAGACAAACGGAAGAGGCUACUGCAGCUCUGGAUGUUCAGCUGGACAACUUGGAGAACAUUCCGGAAGAGGAGCUUGAAGAAUGGUCGGCUCAGAAAGCGAAGUUUGAGCACGAGCUAGAGCUUCUCAAGCAGGCCAAGGAAGAGGUGGUUUCCGCGCGAUCUGCUGUUGCUCGGGAGGUGUCCUCCUUGGAGACUGAUCUGAACUCGACAAUCCAGCGACGGGAACGUCUCCAGGGUCGCCGCACCAGAGUCAACGAACAGUAUGAGCGCAUCGUCUCGGCCAAUGCUCAGGGCCUCAACGAGCGAGAACGGCGGGCUGCGGAACAGUUUGCAAGAGAGCAGGACCAGGCGAAGCUGGAGACCAACUUCAACGAACAAUUCGUCAGCAUUACGCAGUCCGUGCAGGAGUAUCAGCUGCGCACCAAUCAACUCUGGCAACAAUCGGCGACCAUUGAGCAGGCCAUCCAGCAACAGCAACAGCAGAUGCUCUUGGAAUCGGUUCCGUUAACCCCCGAAGGCAACCUGCCGGGUAUGAACCCCCUUAGUGAGGCGUCCAGCCUGUCUCUGGGGUCCUUGACGACGAGCGGCCCCCACAACCGGUCACUACUCGGACUCAACUUUCCAUCGCUGAGAUCAAGUCCCCUCCAGCAUGCGUCGUCUCCGGUGGGGGCUACCUCGUCGCAUCCGACCAGCCCAACGCAGGCACCGUCUUACCUGCCGCACUUCCCCACGUCCCCGCUUGCGCACAGCAAUUCCCCCUUCGAAUCGGACUUUAUCUAUCGGGACCGGUCAUUCUCGAAUCGGUCCGGACGGAGCAGUCUGUACGGCUCCGACUUCAUGGAUUCGAGCAGACGAGUUCCGUUCCAGCUUGACCUGGCCGAUAUUGGUGCCGAGAAGCGGAGGAACUCCGGAUCUGAGGGCAACAUGCCCUCCCUGGGGCUGAGGCCGAUUUCGAGCCCAUUCCAACGGGCCGUGAGUCGUGCCAGUGGAAGCGGCAGCGGUGGCAGCGGUAGCGGUAGUGGCAGUCCCAGCUCAACAGGUGUGGAAGUUGACGUCCACUGGCUCAACAAACUCGGAGAGAGCGGCACCUUUGACGAACAAUUGGAGCUGGAUAUCAAGAGGGUCUUGAGAUCGGACGAGGACUUGUUCAUGUUUGCGCAGGAUUACGGAAAGGUUGAUAUCGUCGACUUUGCCAGAAGCAAGGAUAGUAAACCAGAGGAGAAUAUCCACAGGGCCAUGGCGGACCAGCGUUAUGAGGGAUGCACUUUUCCCCGCCGCGAGUCCUAA